AUGGCAGACCUCUUCUCGGUCAAGGACAAGGUCGUCCUCGUCACGGGCGGCGCAAAGGGCGUCGGGUGGGGCAUCACAAACGGCUACAUGCGCGCCGGCGCAGCCCGAGUCUACAUCGCCUCGCGCGACGAAAAGUCCCUCAAGCAGGCCGCCGACGAGUUCAACGCGCAAGGGUACCCGGGAAAGUGUGUCCCGCUCGUCGCCAACUUGGCGACGUACGAUGGUGUUGUGGGACUGGUCGCCGAGUUGGAGAAGAGGGAGAAGUGCCUCCACGUCCUCGUCAACAACAGCGGCAACAACUGGGGCGCGCCCUUUGACGAAUACCCCGACUCGGCCUGGGAACGCGUCCUCACCCUCAACCUCCGUCGAGUGUUCACUCUCACGCAAAAGCUUACGCCGUUGAUGCUCAAGUCCCUCGGAGGGAAAGAAGAGGGGCCGUGGGCUGAUCCCGCCCGCGUAAUCAUGAUCGGCUCAGUCGACGGUAUCCGCGUCCCCACACUCGAGACCUACGCCUACUCGUCCUCGAAAGCCGCGCUCCACCAACUCUCGCGCGUCCUCGCAUCGCAACUCGGAAAACGCGGGAUCACGUGUAACACCCUUGCGUGCGGGCCGUUCCAGUCCAAGAUGAUGGCCGCCACCCUCGAAGCCGGUCGCGACCACAUCAUCUCCGGCGUCCCGCUCCACCGAAUUGGCGAACCGGACGACGUCGCGGGCGCGUGUAUCUUUUUGAGCUCAAAGGCAGGCAGUUAUGUCAAUGGGGCGACGAUCGCGUUGGACGGUGGGUCGCUUGUGGCUGGGAAGCUUUGA